ACACACACCAACGCCGUUCUCUCAAGCCCACGUCCCAACAUUCGUUCAGUAUAUCAAACUACCUUAUAAUUUUUAAAAUGUGGGCAAAAGCAGCAUCACUUCUCGCUCUAGCGGCCACUGCUGUCGCUCAAUCCAAGGGCUUCAACUACGGUGCCACCAACGCAGAUGGCUCAUGCCGCGGGUACGACGACUUCGUCCGCUUCUUCAACGAGGCUAAGACCCUUCCUGGAGCGUCUGGCUUCAACACAGCACGUCUGUACACAUCGAUUCAAUGCGGUAGCCAAACAGAGCCCAUCUCAGCCUUCCGCGCAGCCAUCGAUACCGAUACCAGGAUCCUUGUAGGUCUCUGGGCCAGUGCCGGACGUGCCGCUUAUGAGCGAGAACUCAACGCCCUUCUUCAGGCUGCUAGGGAUCUGGGCACCCCUUUCACAGACAGGAUUAUUGGAAUCAGUGUAGGAUCUGAGGACUUGUACCGCAGCAGCGAGCAGGGAAUCAAGAACAACGCUGGCGUUGGUGCUACUGGUGCUGAAAUCGAGGGAUACAUCGGUUGGCUCCGUGACUGGGUUCGUGGAACUGGACUCGCCAAAUGCCCCGUUGGCCAUGUAGACACAUGGACUGCCUGGACUCUGGCGGAGAACCGUGGCGUCGCCCGCGCCGUGGACUGGCUCGGCCACAACUCAUUCCCCUACUUUGAGAGCGACAGGCCAAACUCCAUUGAUAUGGCACGUGAAAACUUUUUCAACUCUGUUGCCCAGACUGCGAGCGUAGCAGACGGCAAGGAAGUCAUCAUCACUGAGACUGGUUGGCCACGAAUUGGACCCGUGAGUCGCGAUGCCGUUGCUUCUCUCGAAAACAUGAAGCGCUACUGGAAAGAAGUCGGCUGCUCCCUCUUUGGUGUGCGUUCUACCUUUUGGUACACCCUCAAGGAUGCCAAUGCUGGCCAGACUGAUUUGUCUUUCGCCAUCACGCCUCUUCAGAGUAGCACACCGUACUUUGACCUCACUUGCUAGAUGAAUUAGUCCUUGCCCCCCCCCCCCCAAAAAAAAAGCGACAUUUACGAUUGGAUAACAUAAUCAGCACUGCAUCUGUACAAAACAUAAUUCAAAAGUAGUAGAAAAUUAGUCAAAUCAUACAUGCUAUGGAUACAUAGUCCCAUAAUAUCCAAAAAGUCAAAUCAAAUGAUUUA